UAAAAUACAACAACAAUAAAUAGGUUUAUGGUAAAAUUCGAUGCCCAAACUCUUAUCAAAGACAAAAGGUUCUGGAUCGCUUCUUUUCUCAUUGCUUGGGCCGCUGCUCUCCAGGGGCAUAUGAUGUGGAUGCAAAGGCAGGACACUUUCAAGCAAAUAUAUCUACUUCACAUUCUUGGUGAGUUUAGGGUUCAUAAAACUUGCUAUAGAAUCUAA